CAAUCCAUUAGUCACGUGACUUUCCUUUCAAAUCCAAAAUGGCUGACAGAGGAGAACAAGAUCGUUUGAUAUCAGAGUUUUCUGAUGUUACUGGAGUUGAUGCAGAUAGAGCACAGUUCUUUUUAGAAUCUUCUGGCUGGCAAUUACACCUUGCUCUUAGUAGUUUUUUUGAAGAUGGAGGAGAUGAUUCUCCAAGCCCUCCACCACCAUCAGCAGCUCAACCACAGAAUACUCAAAGUCGUGGAACAAGAUCUAGUGCUAGAAUUGCUACAAUGGAUGCAUUCAGAGCGGGUGRUGAAGAGAAUGAUAGUGAGGAAGAUAAGGGACAAGCUUUUUAUGCAGGAGGUUCCGAAACAAGUGGACAGCAAAUUUUAGGUCCACCAAAAUCUAAAAAGAAGCAAAACCCCAAAGACUUAACACAAGAUAUCUUUGAUGAGGCAAGAAGACAUGGUGCUGAAGAGGUCUCAGAUGAACCUGGUCCCAGCAGCAAACCCCCUACCAGAUUUACUGGGGCAGGCUAUAGACUUGGAGAUACUGAAGGAGGGACAUCACAGCCUGUUGCUGGCACAAGACCAGCCGGACAAGAACCACAAGAUACAGAAGUCUUACUCAAGUUUUGGUCUAAUGGAUUCUCAGUUGAUGAUGGAGAACUGCGCUCUUUUGAUGAUCCUAGUAAUAAAGAAUUUAUUGAUGCUGUUAAAAGAGGGGAGAUCCCCAGAGAGUUGUACCGUCUGUCACGUGGUGGUGAGGUACAUGUCAACCUAGAAGAUCACCGAGAAGAGGAAUAUGUUCCUCCCAAGAAACCAACUAUUGUUGCUUUUCAAGGAACAGGACAGAAACUUGGAAGUCCAGCUCCUGAUAUUAAAUAUAAUGAAGAAAAGGUAGGAACAUCAUCAUCAUCGUCUGCAGGGUCAAGUAGCGCCGCACCACCAUCAAUAGUGGACCAAUCACAGCCUACAACUAGUAUUCAAAUCAGACUAGGAGAUGGAACAAGAUUGGUAUCAAAGUUCAAUCAUACCCAGACAGUAAGAGACAUAAGGGCAUUUAUUGUAGCUUCAAGACCUCAGAUGGCAGGAAGGCCGUUCGUUCUCAUGACAACAUUCCCAAAUAAGGAGUUAACAGAUGCAGGGCAGACUAUCCAAGAAGCGAAUCUAUUAAAUGCUGUAAUAGUACAGCGGUUCAAGUGACAUGUA